ACCAACGUUAUUUUCACCGGGAAAUGCGCUUUUCCCAGCUACGGGCUGAAGGAAAUGCUCGGCCUGUUCGUUUCGAGAGCGGCGUUUAGUCUCUCUCUUCCUUCCUCGGCUCGCGACUCGCUUUUAUACCGCGCUCUGCGUUAUUCGUGUUUUCUUCGCGUCUCUGUCCGCGGAAACAGAAGUCGCGAACCGUACUUUCAUGGCGAGAGAUCGUUGCGUCGCGCCGUGUCUCGCCUCGUUCACCCCCGAUUACGUUACUCGCUCGAGCUUUCGUGCUCGCUGAAUAUAUUUCGUCGUGAAACCGCGUCGGUCUCAAAGGCGACAACGAUACGAACAGCCGUCGAGAGCGAAACUUGGUCAAGGUUCGACGUUGUUAAUUUCUCCUUACAUUUUCUUCCACGAACAACGUAUGGAGAGUUCGUCUUUCCUGAAGUUUCUUUUGUACCAAUAAAAAUUGAGAAAAAUAACGGUUGCCAUUAGUCGUACCUUCGUUACUAAGCAGCGAAUAUCAAUGAUAUUAUUAUUCUAUUUAGGGAACCAACACUAGUGAUCGGUCAAUUUAUUCGCAAACGUAACAAAUAAACCCGGUAGGGGAUUUCCCCGGACGGUGCAAUAGCGCUCCAGGUCAUUGUCGACCUAUCAAUGCACGAACAUAAAUUUCAACAGUUCAUCCGGUUACGUUGAUCCCAAAGGUAUAAGCGGUUUCACGGCACGACCGAACCCCCGGAAACGCAGGUUUCUAUAAGGACGUUCGUGGGUCUACGCCAAAUCCCACUCGUGGGGGGUUCUCAACGGGCGGGGCCCCGUUCACUGCGGGGCGCCGGUGUUCAUUGUACCGUCACUGCGUGUUUAGUAUUCGCGCGUCAAGUUAACAGCAUCUUUCUCUCCUCUUCUCACCUUUUUUGUCCCCCUCCAAGAACACCCCUAGCAGCUUCUAUUUCUUUCCAUCGGCGAUCUCUUUUCCCCGGCGGUCUUCUAUUCCGCGUUUCAUCUUCUAUAGCGGACGACCAGUUUCUCAGAGACCGAACGCGCCGUACAGUCGCCAACUGUUUCUCUAUGCAGUUAAAAAUGGUCCCACGUUUGCAAGUCGCGGCGUUGCUAUACUCGUUACUCCUUGUUCGGUAACUCGAGGAAGUAUCAAGCGAUUCCUGAGAGCAGUUUCUAAGGGUGCACAGCUUCGCGUGAGUGGCUCAUACGGUGGACUGAAAACAGCAACGCAUUUUCGUGACGCGUUGACUUGGCAAGCUUAAUGAGCUGUUUAAAGAGCACUCUUUCGACCACUCGGUUUCGAAGAAACAGGACUCGUUAGUCAGUUUCUAGUCAUCUACUGUAGAAGCUUUUUCUCUUACAUUAUACAAUAUUUAUAUGUAUGUGUAUAGAAACGUACGAAAUAGAAGUAGUCAUUCCAAACUGAACGGUAUUUCAAUCUUUGCUUCGUUCUCUAAUUCUUCGGUUCAUUGGUUUAGCUUCUAGUAAAUCGUUCGUUUUUCGCCAUUGAUUUGGUUUAAAAAUACGAUUGCAAUGGUACGAUAAGGCAUCGAACGCAGCACGGAAAAACGAGACCAAAGUCAGGGACAACGUUUUCACGGAUCCCAUCGGUGGUUCGACGUUAUCGGCAACGAGUAGUUAUGGCAGCGGUUUCCGUCUACGUUGCAAACGAAACCGGUUCCUUUUUAUGACGGAAUAUCGGACGGUCGUCGUUCGGUUUCAGCUGGUCGCUUGUCCCAUCUCUUCCUUUUUUAUUUCUUUCUCGUUCGCGUUGCCGCGUUCGCCUGUUCCUUCGUUGAAACCCGUCGUUUUUUCACGGGGCCGGUAACGGGAGGAAGGAAGCGUCGCGCUCUAGCCACGAAAAACGAUGAAAAUCGGUAUUCUUUUGUUUUCCUAAAUCCUAAAAUAGGGUUCUACCUUUUUACCACCUUUAUGAUAAAGGAGAAUCUUGUAGCAAUCGAUGGCGUCCUAGCAAUUUAAAGAUCGGCUUGUAAAAUUGUGUUCAUAUUACUAAUAGUUGCAAUCAUUGUUUCUGAGAAUUAAAAAUUAUGGGUUUACUUUCUUUCUGGAUAAUCUUGGACAGAUCUCCUCACUAAACAGAGACAUUUGAUUUCUGCGAUUCUGCUGUCAGAUUAAACGUAAUGGUCAGAUGUCUUUAAGAAAAAGGUGAAAGUGUCUUCAACACGGAAGUAGGCACAUUAUUUUUAGCGAAACUAGGUGCGUUUACUUAAUUACGAGAAAAAUAUUUUACAUCUAUCAACUUGAUUGAGAGAGAAACUUUUAAUCUCACUAUGCUUGUACCAUUUACAAACAUUGUCUAGCUACCUAUUUCGUGAUGAAGAAGAAUUGAUAUAAAUCUAAACUUUGACAGUGGGACGUGUCUCCUUCGAAACGAGUAUUAACGCAUUUCGUGACGAAAAAAAUCGUGUGCGAACGGGGGAUAAAGAGACGUCGCGUGACGUGCAAAUUGGCUGUUCAUGCAAAUGACAGAUGGUUGGAUCAUCGGCCGGUUACCAGUCGCAAGCGGUUAGGCUCCGAAAUAUUGUACAUAAGCGAAAACAAGGGUAGCAGCCUGGUGCGAACAAGCUGCUUCCAGUUUUACGUAAUUUUUACACGAAAACGAAGAUUGCUUUAAGUCAUUUGGUUGUCCCGAACGUUAAUUGAGUCGUUUAAGAAUACUUAGUUUUACUCGGUUGCACCUGUGCCGUUCGAAAAAUUUAUUGCCAGUUGCUUUUGGUUGUAGAAUCUGAAAUAUCUAUAAGGGUAGUUAGGACGUAUUGUUGUUUAGCUCCUUGGAAGCACUCAUUCUACGCGUAGAAGACGAAUAGGUAAAGUUAUUUACGCCACUGUGACGGCUCUGUCCUCUCGCACGGAGGACUCCUUAGCUCCACAGUACCAUCGGCAUGUUGCAAAGCGGUCUCGUUACUCUGGACAAAGAUGAAGAGAUCGGGACGGUCGAGGGAUGAAGAGAGAUGGUAGCAUCGAGUUUUAUACAGGGGCGUGACUUAUCAUUCCCCUACGAAACAGAGAAGGGGUGAUUGUAGGCGGUUCUUCUGGGAACCGUGUCGGCCCCACCUUGGUCCGUAGCUGUUCUUCAGGGUUGCACCGCGACGAGGCGCUGUGUCUGGCUGGAACCAGUUGCAGCUGUGUCGGUUCCCUCACUCCGCAUCGUGGCUUCGGCUCGGCUUCGCUCGCCAGAACGGGCCUGUAUUUUACCGCGGUGCAGCGUGCUCGUGCGUAUACCUGGCGUUAUUCCCCGGCGUUCUCGUCCACGUCCUCGCCGUCGAGUUCGUCGCGUUCGCUGUUUCGGGUCGGUUCACCGGCACGGGGGCACAUGCGCCUUGAAAGAACGGGUUUGACUCGCGUCCCGGUCGUCUCGUCGUCGGAGCAUCAACCUCGGAAAAGAAUCGAUCCCCCGAUGAUCGAAGGACACACGCAUCGGGGCAGGAACCACGACGAGGUGUACAGGUGCGCCGGGUGUUACCUUCGUCUACCCUAAAUAGCUUAAAGUGGUGGUUUGUGAACGCGGUUCGACCAGACGAUGGAACCAGGGUGUCCGCGAACGGGUCACCGGAUUGUGUCCACGUACUCCGAAACGCUGAACCGUUGACGAGGAACCUAGUUGACUUCCCUCGUUAGUGAUCGUCGUUGUGUACAAGUGAGAGGGUGUACUUUUGUCUCGUAACUUGACUAUCUAGCGUCGUUACUCUCUUUCGUACUGUCUCGUGUCGUUGUCUCUUCCGGGCGGGAGCAAUCGCCGGAUAGGGUGGUUCGGUUCGCGAUAACGCGAGAUGUGCCCGUGAGGGCGCCAGACGAAUAUCGAUCGCAUCCGGGAUAACGCGUUUCAACGAAUCGAUCGAAUUCGCGGAGUUACAAGUGACGUUGUUGAGUGCGAAAAAGUUGGCAGACCGAGGAAAACCGCGAGAGGGGUGAACCGUGAGCUGAGGGUGGCGAAGGAAGAAGAAGAAAAGGAAGUGGAGGAAGAGGAGGAGGAGGAGGAGGAGGAGGAGAAGGAGGAGGAAGAAGAAGGGAACCUGCGCAGCGGACGCCAUCUCCGCGUUAUCGGCAAGCGAAUCCCCCGGGACUCCCCCCCAAGCAGCUUCGGCAUCGCGCACCCUCGGCGGGAACUACCCCGCGACAGCAGCCACCCUGAUGGGAGUGUAUGAGGAGCGCGCCCCUCCUACCACCGGCAUGCACUGGCAGCCGGCCAGCUCGCAGGAGCGUGGCAGCGGCUUGGCUGUGGGUCGUCAAGGGGGGCCCGGCAGCGCGGGGGGGCCCGGAGCAGUGGACCAGGCCAGGGACCUAAGUCCCUGCCUCCCUGCGUCUAUGGGCGACGCUGCACGACCCACCACCCUACCGUGCAGUCCUCCUGCCGCCCACCAUCACGGGCCCCAUCAUACGCCCCUGCAUCAGACCCACUGCGGCACUAACAACAACUGCUACGACGGACCCACCACCCCCUACGACUCUAGAGACUACGAUUCUCCCGGAGGUGGCCAAGACUAUAGGAACAAUAACAAUAACAACAACAACAACGGGAACUUCGAGAACCCGAGCGACCUAAGCAUGCCACCGCAAACGCACCACCACCAUCACCAUCACCAUCAUCACCCGCACCUCCACCCGCAGACUCACACGCAGGAGCAACAAACUGCGGAACACUUGCACGCCAUCCCGAAAUUGGAGCCACCGCCGACGCCGCCGGCACAGUCCGAGGACGUACCGGGGGUAGUUUGCGCCGGAUGCGGCCUCCGGAUAUCCGACAGGUUUUACCUGCAAGCGGUCGACAGGCGGUGGCACGCGGCCUGCCUUCAGUGCUCCCACUGUCGCCAGGGCUUGGACGGAGAGGUCACCUGCUUCAGUAGAGACGGAAACAUCUACUGUAAGAAGGAUUACUAUCGGAUGUUCGGUAGUAUGAAGCGGUGCGCCCGAUGUCAAGCGGCGAUACUCGCCUCGGAACUAGUAAUGCGAGCCCGGGACUUGGUGUUCCACGUCCGCUGUUUCUCGUGCGCUGCUUGCGCGGUUCCGUUGACGAAGGGCGAUCACUUCGGGAUGAGGGACGGCGCGGUGCUCUGUCGACUGCACUACGAGAUGGGCGCGGAACUGCACCCGUCGCAAAGUCCCCCGGUCCCUGUUUACCCGCCAGGUCCACACUAUCCCGGCCAGCCGUUCCCCUCGCCGGAAUUCCUUCACCAUCACCACCAUCAUCCCUCGCACCCGCCGCACCCGCACCACUCGAUGCACCCCCAGCAUCCCCACAGUCACGUGAGCCCGGUACCGCUUCAGCCGUCGACUCCGUCGGUUCCCGACGCCGGUUCGCCACCCAAAGUACCGUACUUCAAUGGCGCCGCCGUUGUUCCGCCGCCGAGACAGAAAGGAAGGCCGAGGAAGAGGAAGCCCAAGGACCUCGAGGCUAUGACCGGCAACAUAGAUUUGAACGCGGACUACAUAGACAUGCCCUUCGGCAGAGGAGGACCGGCGACUCCCGGUAUACCUGGUUCCAACAGCAGAACAAAACGAAUGCGGACGAGUUUCAAGCAUCACCAGUUAAGGACGAUGAAGAGUUACUUCGCGAUCAAUCACAAUCCGGACGCGAAGGAUCUCAAGCAACUUUCACAGAAAACUGGCUUGCCAAAAAGAGUAUUGCAAGUUUGGUUCCAGAACGCCCGCGCAAAAUGGCGGCGCAUGGUGUUGAAACAGGAGGGGAAGUCGGACAAAUGCGACGGGAGCGUAGACGGCGGUUCCCUUGGCGACCUUGAGCUCUACGGGAACAGCACCGGAAGCGGCGGACCGCCGAUGAGUCCACCGUUCAUGCUCGGAGGACCCCACAGCCCCGCGUCCUUGGCAUCCUUGGACUGCGCGUGAUCAUCCCCAAAUUCGGAACCUCGUUUCCAACCCGAUCGCGAGACGCGCGAGCUAAUCGCGCGAAGCUAUCAAAUCGCCUCGCGAUUCUGUGAAUAAAUCCGGGAACUGUCCCCCAAGGUGUCGGAUCACCUGAGUCAGUUCUCUUUUGGUGAUCGACCAGGACUUUUUGUAGUGGAAAAGUUUGCAUUAGGAGGAAAUAAAGAAAUGUGAAAAUAAAUUAAUGUGAGAGUUUGUUUAACAAUGUUCUCCAUACGGAUCGAGCGGAAUUCGAUCGGGAGAGAAAUGGAGACGACACUUACAGUACGCGUACACCGGAGGAUCGAUUAGUCGGAAAGCGUUGUAUUUAUUGUAAGCGGGUGACACGGGUGAAGACAGCUUGAUUUACGACGGAACACCUGUCGAAUCGACUCGACUAUGGGAAUCCACACGCGAACACGUAAUAUAUAAAUUCCUACUCAUACGCAUACACACACACACACACACACACACAUACGAAACGAAACGAAACGAAACGAAACGAAACGAAACGGGCGAAUAUACACGAAAGAUACGGUUAAAGUUCGACGGGGUGCCUCGACGCGGCACCUGAGUCGAGAAAGCGUUUGUAAUUAGUUGUCGAUGUCUAUUUAUUGAUUAUAAAUCUUCUGAGCUAAGACUAGUUAAGGGUUACGAACUUUACCAGUGCUGUGUGAAAAUCCAACGUUUCCUUAGGAACGGACGGACGGACAUUUUGACUAACGUCAAGGCUCAUCGACAUCGGGAGUGACGUUAUUACAGGAUGGGAGAAUCAUCUCGCGGAACGUUGGGUUUUAACGUGGAUUCAAUACGAAUAUAAAUAUAUAAAUAUAUACAUUAUUUAUAAAUAAAUGUUUGGGCGCGUCGAGCUUCACCGGCGAGCGUGCGACUACGUGUAAUUAUUGCUCAAAAGUAUAAAAAAAAAAAAGAAAUGGGGUAAGAAUGGGAAGCUGUGCGACGAAUUACGUAUGUAUUUGGCUCGCAACGCGCCCGAUCUCCACGAAUCCUUUUGCGUAAAGAACUCCACGUAAUUGUUGUAAAUAAAGGACGUUCCUCGAGUUUCUUAAGGCACCGCUAUAGGUUGUAGGGAUUCUAAUUGCAUUCGGUAGCGGUUCUGCGUUAGGCAAGGUAAUAAUGAUGACAGACAGAUUAUUAUUAUUAUCACUCCUAUUAUUAAUAUCCUUGUAACGAAUGGAACGAUUGUCUAAUUUUACAAGAUGAUUUUUUCAUUGAAUAUAUUUUGACAAUAUACACGCUGGCCUCUU